AGAGUCGCUGCUGCGCCUUCUUCACGAUGCUGUCUGUGUGGGUGGACCAAUUCAGUUUGUCUGUGAUGUGUAUGCCGAGGAACUUAAAACUUGCUACCCUCUCCACUACUGUUCCAUCGAUGUGGAGCUUCUAUUUACUGUUGUUGCACUGAAUGGAUAUUCUAUUUACUGUUGUUGCACUGAAUGGAUAUUCUAUUUACUGUUGUUGCACUGAAUGGAUAUUCUAUUUACUGUUGUUGCACUGAAUGGAUAUUCUAUUUACUGUUGUUGCACUGAAUGGAUAUUCUAUUUACUGUUGUUGCACUGAAUGGAUAUUCUAUUUACUGUUGUUGCACUGAAUGGAUAUUCUACUUACUGUUGUUGCACUGAAUGGAUAUUCUAUUUACUGUUGUUGCACUGAAUGGAUAUUCUAUUUACUGUUGUUGCACUGAAUAGAGCUUCUUUUUUGUUGUCUUUGUCCAAAAACACAACACUUUGGCCUUUAUCUCUGCCAUUCGAUCUGAGUGUCGUCACUCAGGAGAACCCUGAGAUGCUGCACACCUACAUUGCUAUUGAUCAGGUGGUACUGACCCUGCAACACAGACUGAGGCAGGGGGCAAAGGGCAGGGUCCUGCAACACAGACUGAGGCAGGGGGCACAGGGCAGGGUCCUGCAACACAGACUGAGGCAUGGGGCACAGGGCAGGGUCCUGCAACACAGACUGAGGCAGGGGGCACAGGGCAGGGUCCUGCAACACAGACUGAGGCAGGGGGCACAGGGCAGGGUCCUGCAACACAGACUGAGGCAGGGGGCAAAGGGCAGGGUCCCGCAACACAGACUGAGGCAUGGGGCACAGGGCAGGGUCCUGCAACACAGACUGAGGCAGGGGGCACAGGGCAGGGUCCUGCAACACAGACUGAGGCAUGGGGCACAGGGCAGGGUCCUGCAACACAGACUGAGGCAGGGGGCACAGGGCAGGGUCCUGCAACACAGACUGAGGCAGGGGGCACAGGGCAGGGUCCUGCAACACAGACUGAGGCAGGGGGCAAAGGGCAGGGUCCCGCAACACAGACUGAGGCAUGGGGCACAGGGCAGGGUCCUGCAACACAGACUGAGGCAGGGGGCACAGGGCAGGGUCCUGCAACACAGACUGAGGCAGGGGGCACAGGGCAGGGAGCUGCUGUUCAUCUGCCUGUCAUGAAGAACUCAGCCGAUGGCACCCUGGACUGUUGGCUCAAUGGAAGUACAUCGUUCCCUGAGCUCCUGUUGAAGUUGACAGCUGUGCAACCCUGUACAAGCCUUGCUUCGCCUGGGCCCUCUCCUCAUGGGGACUGCAAGCUUCAGGACUGGACAACAGGCCUGUUGAAAUUACCUGACCGUUGACCUCUAACCAUGGUCUCUUACUUUACCUUGGUCUUGACCCAGAAGGGUCCCUCUGCCUGCACUGCUUGUUGCAGCUCACAAGAAAUGGACCUGAUAUUAUAUUAAAUAUCAUUGUAAAAGCUUUCUUGAUACAGAUUGUAUGUCAGAUGUUUUACCGUACCUGUAUUCCAUAUAAAAUAAUGCAGGAAAUAAAAAGUGAUUUGAGACUUG